CACACGCUAACUGGACACUGCGCCAAAGUGAUGGCUGCCAAGUUCAUGGGCGAACCCAACAAAGUGGUGACCGGCAGCCACGACCGCACGCUGAAGAUAUACGAUCUACGCGUCAGGGCAUGUGAGGUCCACCGCCAGCGGCGAGUCGUGUUUCUAAGGCUAUCGACAAUCGACGAUUGUAAUUACCUAUUGAGCUGUGUCCGGGACGACACCCUGCGGCUGGUUGAUCUCAGGACGAACAAAAUAAUCAACACAUUCGAGGCUGAUGGAUUCAAAGUGGGUUGUGAUUGGACGAGAGCAGUAUUCAAUUUGGAUUACGAUCACGUGGCAGUAGGAUCCUCCGAAGGAUCUGUGUUCAUAUGGGCCGUGUCAAAUCCCGAAAAACCGCUUGUAGUAUUGAGGAACGAACACAACGCACCGGUGACCGCCGUUUCUUGGCAUCAAUUUACUAACAACGUGGCCAGCGUGGACCGAUCCAGGAGAGCAGUGGUCUGGGCAGACGUUUGAUAUAACCUGUGGAUCCGAUGGUUUAUUUUUUCUUAUAACUGUUCACAGUCUACUGCUACAACGUAUUGCGUGUAUUUCCUUAUUAAAAAAAAAAUCUAUUUACCAUUUAAAUAAAUCAAAGAAAAAAAUUAAUAUAUGUGUAUUUUUUAUUCUACGCAUACAUAUUAUAAUAAUUUUUGUCAUGCAUGUGUACUUGUGUGAACGAUAUCUACAGAUAUUUUUAUUUUUAGACUCAUUCAA